AUGACGGUUUUGGCAGGACUAUCCGGCGCUCAUGCGAUUCUUCUAGCGACCCAGCUGUGUGCUACUGGGAACGUUGCACCUCUCCCGCAUCUCCAAGCACAGUUCCCCGGCUGUUUGCCCUUGGAGCGUCUGCUGCGCAUCAUUUUGAGCUUUCUUCCCGAGAGCAUUGAACCGCAGACUUACACGUCGGUGUUGGAGCAACUAGUGGAAGGUCCUUCUUCGGAUUUCGCAGCUGGAGACAUCGACGUCUCGGCCACUCAGAGCCUGCCCGAGGCUGUCGCAAGGAAACGCGUUCGCAAGCUUCGUUUACUGCCGCUACGAUAUCAUGACGACGAGGACAGCGGGCCUUCAGACCUCUUGACUCAAUUUCUCAUCCAUCGGGCGCACCGUAUCGAUUUCGAGACUGGCCUCCAGCCUCUCAUCCUCGAUCUGCUGCUGCCAUUCUACCAUCGCUCGCCCAGGGUGCGCACCUGGCUGAUCUCGAGCAUACUACCGCUCCUGCGCCUGAACUACGAAUACUACCCGAGCCAAGAUGAGACGUUCUCCCUAGAUACGCUCGAAUCAUUAGACGAUCAGACCGCCAUCAACAUCUUUCUUUCGAUGACGAGUCCGCAAAAAGACAAAAUGGAUAUGGUACGGAAUCUACGUGGGCUAGUGGGUGCCUGGAUCUAUGGCGGCAAUCGCUCGAAACGACGCAGGCUCAAUGAGGCCGCCAAUCAGAGUGCAAUAUCACUCCCCGAGGACAAUGAUCGCCCGAAGACCACGACGGGUGUGGUAUGGCAACAGGUCAAUGAAUGGCUGCUGUCGCAUAGCCUGGUAGACCAUGAGAACGUGGUCAACGCCUAUACUCAAUGGAGGGGGCCCGAGGAUGUGGAUCUUGGAGGCUAUGAAGAGGAAAGCCAACAUCUCUCACAGGAUGAAAGGACAGAUCUCCGCACUCGUUACGGGCAGUCAGGCCUUGCUGUAAUCUACGCGAGCCCCGAUACUAGCAGAUCCGCUCUAGAGGGCUCAAUACAGAUCCUCACGCAUGUUGCAGAGCUACUAGGCCUUGAAGAGUCCUUGUUGGCUGUAUCGGAGGAUUCUCCGGUGCCUGCGGUGACGUUCGAUGCAGGCGAGAUUCCAUCCACGUCGCGCGUCAGCCUCCUGCAGAAUGCGUUGCUCUCAAACUCCAACCCCUUGACCCGCCCAUCUGCUUCUUCGAUCUCGUUUCUUAGUGCCAUUCUUCUUUCCCUACAGGUGCUGGACAACCUGGGGUAUCCGAUUCCAUGCAGACAGGCUGCGAACCUGUGCCUACACAGUAACGAUGAGAUGCAACUUCUGGAAUUACGUACUACGCUGAGCUCGAUUGCUCAGCAUCCGAAAUCUGGUCGGAAUUGGCAGAAGAUCCGCCAGCAAUUGCUGUGGCUUCGUGAUUGGCAGAGAGAAUCGUCCGAGCAGACUGCCAAGCACUCAACAUGCCAUGGAUUGUUUUGGAAUAUUUCUCGGGAUGUUGUUGAAAUCGAAAUACUGAGGGCCCUUCUGGAGGCUAGAGAAUAUCAACUGGCGGUGGAUAUAUACACAAAGGCUAGUCCGGCUCCUUUAAGCCCAGCUCAGGUCGAGCAAGCCGUCAAAGACGCCAUUUUCACGGCCUAUGACAAUGCAAGCAAUGGCAAUAGGACGCGUGGAGGGAUGAAGAAGGCGUUUGACAUUCUGCAAGCCUUCCGACCACAUUUUCCAGGCUCCAUAUCCUUCCAGCAGAUCCAGUCGCUCAUAUCAGCAACACACGCUCUCUCGUUCUACUCGUUGACCCUACAGCACGGCGUCCCUUUCCAACCGGUCAGCAUCCGGGUCCACUCGGACCCUCUUUCUCUGAUCGAAAAAGUACUCGAUCAGAAUCCCAGAAGCUACACGAAACUCGACGACCUCCUCUUCAUUGGACGGAACCUGGUCGAGGCCGGGCUGCCAUCGAGCACCGCUGAAGACCAGAGUUCUCCAUCCGGCACCGCCCUUUCGCCACCAAAGGACGCAGUCGUCACGGCCGAGCGGCGCAUCAUGUCCCUCGCCAUCUCCUCCGCCCUCUCCGCCGACGACUUCGGCACCGCAUACUCCUACAUCCUCACGCGGCUCACCCCACCCUCCCUCCUCCCCACCACCUCCCCGCUCACCAACCCAGACAUCAAAGACGACAUCUCCUGGCGCGCCGUCUACAAUGCCGGCCGCUACCGCGCCCCCGCGUCCCCCGCAGCCCCCUCCCUCCAAACCCAGAUCACCCAACUCUCCCAGCGCAUGGAACUCCUCUCCCUGGCCCUCACCCUCGUCCCCUACCCGGAUCCUCUCCCGGAGAUCCUGGGCGCCUGGCGCCGCUGCGACGAGGAAAUGGCCGUGCUCCGCACGCGCGAAUCGGCCGAAGAAGAAGCCUGGGACGCCAAGGGCGACACGCUCACCCUCAGCGCCGUCCCGGGCGGCUUCGGCCCCACCGACACGGAGCAGGACGCCUUCGACACGCGGCGCCAGCACGCCGCGCGCAUCCGCGCCCAGCGCGACCGCUCGCACCUCGAAGACGCCCCCAUGGGCCUCUUCGAGGUAGCCCGCGGCGCCGCGCGCGCCCUCCAGAAGAACGUCAACGCCAACGUCAACAUGCACUCCUUCCCGCUGCGCGGCGCCCAGCCACACGCCCACGCCGACCCCAACAACGACGACGACGACCUCACGCCCUCUUCGGCGGGGAGCCGCGUCCGCAAGCGCGACGUUGUGAGUAACAUGGUGACGGGCGGGCUGGCGAGCGGGAUCGGCUGGGUUCUUGGCGCGCAGCCGGUGAAUCGGUCUUGA